UGACGCUGGUGUUUGAGUACAGAGACCAGGACCGAGUCUUGACAAAAUUAAGGAUGUGGUGGUGCAGCUGCUGCAGGGGCUGGACUUCCUGCACACCAACAUGCUGGUGCACUGCGAUCUGAAGCCGGAGAAUGUACUGGUGGUGACACUGUGGUACAGGGGCCCCUGAGGUGCUGCUCCACUCUGGUUAUAUGUCCUCCGUGGACAUGUGGAACGCCGGCUGCAUUUUUACCAAACUAUUCCUUUGGAUACCAUUGUUCUGUGGAGACGCUUAGGCUCAGCUGCUCCAGGGAAUCUUUGAGGGAGUUUUUUUUCUUCUACCGUGCCCUACUUUUGAUUGGUCGUUUAUGAUAAAAGCAUUUGAAUAAUGUAUGAGUUGUGUUUUACCAGUGCCUUGUGUUGGGGUUGUGUCUGUGCUCUUUCCCAUGUCCCACAGGGUGAUUGGCUUGCCCAGCGAGGAGGACUGGCCCAGGGAGAGCCCCAUCUCCUACACCUGUAGUUGGUGCCCCAGAGACCCCCUGCACCCAUCUCUUAUCCAACCUGGGCCAGGAGGAGAACAACCUGCUCCUUCACAAUGUCUAGAGUUCAGCCCGGCCAAUCGCAUCUCAGAGCUUCCAGAGCCCUCUCCCACCCUUUACUGGUGUGCGCCUGAGUACUCACAACCUGGCACGAUGUGGAGAGAAGAGGGGAGAGCUGGGACAGAGGUUCAUUCCUAGCCUAUAGAGAACACUGAGGCUUCCCGUGCCGCAAGAUGUGAUGUACCUAUAUCAAAAUGUAGAAUUUUGGAAUGGAAAUAAUAACAGAGCAAUGAGCUCAAAGGAAUGAUUUGUCUGUCUGACACCAUGCUGAUUGGAAGAAGACAUUCCCAAUGCCAACAACGGAGGUGCUGAUUGGUUCUGCCUGCCAACUUUGGACCUUUUUGACUAUUUAUCCUUUGGUGUCUGAUAGCUGAGAAGUGACAUAGGAGGGAAUCUCUCGAGGUUUGAGUCAUCAAUGCCCAGGUCAUUGUUAAAGGAGACCUACUGAGACAGACAGGGAGAGGAACAGGCAGCAUGGACACUAUAGAGAACCCCGCCUUGGAGCCCAGAUCGGAGCGGAUCGCCCGCUACAAGGCCGAAAGGAGACGGGAGCUACAAGAACGCUAUGGCAACAUGGAGGAGCUCCCAUCCAAGUGGGUGAGGAGGGAUGGGACUCUCAUGAACUCAGACGGCGCACCUCCCUCCACAGACAGGAUCCUCUCUGGGGGGGUGAACGGCAGAGCGGGGGGGCCGGAGGGGGGCAGGAGGAAGAGCAACACCCCUCUGGAGUCAGAACCGAGGAGAGUCUCCAACGGCUUUGAGGCAGACACUGCUGCAGACCCAACAUACCUCCGAAGGCAGUGUUCUUCUGGCUCUGCCGGCAUGUUGAGUGCAGGGGAGCCCCUAGCUCCCCCAGGCCCCCCUGGACCCGACGCUGCCCAGCUGCAAACGCGGGUGUCGGUGGGCCAGUUGAGGAGUGCCCUGCUGCAGCAGACCGGGACUGGAACACAGCCUGAGAAAGUUAGUCCCGACAGUGGCCGCGCGGCCUCUUCCCUUGACCUGGCUGUAAAGCCGGGCUCGGAGGGGGGGCGGCAGCGCACCCGUCGCUACCUCCCCGGGGUGUCAGGCGGGGGCCGCAAAACCAACGAGCGCUUCAGGACACAGCCGAUCACAGCCUGCGAGGUGCAGGAGAGCGGCGGGCUGCUAGAGGAAGAGGCGAACGCAAAAGCUGAUGUGAAGACAGACGACAGAGCCAAGAUGAGUGUGGCGGACAAGAUGUCUUUGUUUAAAGAGCUAGAGAAGACAGCAGCCCCUGAGGCCUCCUCCUUUCUGAAGCCUCGCUCUGGCAGCGCCACGUAUGAACGCAGAGGACGCCGCGGCAACGAGCACCGCUCACUCACUCAGCCAAUUACCUGUGAGGAGGUGGUGGUGGCCACCAGCAGCACCCCCCAGCCAGCAGAGUCAGGCGAGGCCCAGGCUGUGCAGGCCGAGGCGGAGGCGGUGGAGGACGAUGAGAACAGUAAGCUGACUAUGAGCGAGAAGCUGGCUCUGUUCAACAAGCUGUCCCUGCCAGGGAACCAGGGGGAUGCCACUCCCCAUGCCCCCCCAGAGAGACGCAGGCAGAAGGGGGCACGCUACCGCACACAGCCCAUCACCGUGGAGGAGGUCAGCCUGCUCCAGAAAGGCCCCAUCCAGCUGCCCCCACUGCGCCUGUCCCCCACCCUCGCCGACCGGCAGCGGGAGCAGUCCGUCAACCUGAGGCCCAGUGAGGUGCACCAGGCCCAGCCUCGACCCGGGGCCGACGUGGAGCCUAACACAGGACCUGACCCGUCCCAGCAGCACAGGGACUCUGAGCCAGGAGAGAUCAAAGGCAUCCCGAGGAAGAGCCCCUCUGGAGGACCAGAAUGGGACCGAGACGGAGACACUAUGAGGGAGGGCAGACAGCAGGACCAGAAUGGAGGAGGGGGGAGGGGGAAUGGGGUGGAGGAGAGGAGGGCAGAGAGACAUGAUAACGUACCAGUGCCUCGUAGAGAGAGACCAGCCUCCUCGGCCCCCUGGAGACAGAGGAACAGGAACCGGAGGGAGACGGUGGCCGUGUGUAGCCCAGCCAGGCCCUCCUCAGAGCAGGGUCACACCCAGGAGGAGAGGCGGAUGCACCCCCCGGGGAACACCACUGGGAGAGACAGGUUGUCAGAUGCUUCCAGGGAGGAGGAAGAGGAGGAGAGGGGGAGCAGGGAAGACGGUGAGAUCUCCCACGAUGCAUCAGCUCUCAACCCUCAGUGCUGGGGUGCUGUCUUUUCCUCUGUCUAUUCGAACAGUACACCUCAAUAUGUCAUGUGUUACAAUCAGACCAGCUCUUCCUAUGAGGCCCAGGAGGUCUCCUCUCCUACCCAGACCCUCUCUCAGCCCCAAUGGAGACAGAAGCACGCUAGACCAGUAGAAGAGGAGGAGCUGCCACAGGCGUCUGUGGCUGAGCGCAUGAGAACCCUACAGGAGAGUGAGGAGCAGUGGAAGGCCAGAGGGAGAGGGGCCGCCAACGGCUCAGCCCAGUACACUGUGGCCGGACGCAUGGCAAAGAGAGGUUUGGUGUCCCCUGUAUCGGACAUACACGAGACCCAUCCAUCUCACACUAAGAGACCCUCCACAGGAGCCACAGCAACUGGAGCCACAGCAACAGCAUGCCCAUGUGAAGAGAUCUCCAGUCACCCUGGGAUGGAUGUGGAAGAGGACGCAAAGCUGGACAAACUGGAUUCCAUUGUGGACAGGCUGAAUACCACUCCCCAGGACACGCCCCUGGAGGUGACCUCAGGGAGGGUGAAGGAGGUCAUGACCCCUGAUGACCGGGAGACAUGUGGUGGUUUCUACAGGGAGGUGUUGCCCCCCUCACCCUCUGCCCUCGCUGCUGGUGCUGGUGCUGCCAAUGGAACUGACCUGGAACAGGACCUCAGUGCCCUCUGCCAGACCAACACACCCAUGCUGACAUCAGAAGUAGCGCAGCACAGGCGGUCGGUGCGUCCAUCCCGUAGGACCCAGGGCUCUCGGAACCCUCUGCGUGCUCUGGCGGCCCGCGAUGACAUCAGACAGGACUUCAUGGGAGAGAGAGUCACCAUGGCUACCAUGAACACUAACAGGACACAAGUGGAGAAGAUGGCCAAGAAUUCCAACAUGGCUGACUCAACUCUAGCAGGUCUGGCCAGUACAGAGGACUUCAGUAAUGUCGAUCUGCGUGUUGUCACUUCCACAGAGUCAAUGAUGUACAACAACAACCUGCCCAUCAGCAACCUCAUGCUCAUUCACAUCAAAGGUUGGCAUCAUGUGCAAGUGCGUCUAGUGGAGCCCACAGCCAGGUCUCUGAACAGUGGAGACUGCUUCCUGCUGGUCACACCCACUCACUGCAUCCUCUGGAGCGGAGAGUUCGCCAACACAGCAGAGAAAGCCAAGGCGUCAGAGCUGGCAUCGUUGAUCCAGACCCAGGGGGAUCUGGGCUGCCGGGCCUGUGGGGUCAUCCACCUAGAGGAGGGGGUCAAUACUGACAACAGCCUGGCCUCUGACUUCUGGAACCUUCUGGGAGGAAAGACACAAUACGGAGGAGCGGGAGCCCCAGAAGAGGAUGAGCUGUAUGAGAGUGGGGUGGUGGAGUCUAACUGUUUGUACAGGCUGGUGGAGAACAGACUCGUACCCCAUGAGCAGGCCUGGGCAGCCAUCCCCACUGUCUCCCUACUGGGACCCACUGAGGCCCUGGUGUUUGACUUUGGCAGCGAGGUUUACCUGUGGCAUGGGAAGGAUGUUGUCCCUGGCGACAGGAGUGUGACUGUACAGCUGGCCCAGCAGGUGUGGGCUGGUCCCUACGACUACAGCAACUGUAGGGUCAACCCACUGGACCCCACACACUGCAACCCCAGCAUACAGCCGCAAGGUGAAAGACGGCCCGGCUGGGCUCUGUUUGGCUGUGUCUCUGAGCACAAGGAGACAGCCCUCUUCAGGGAGAAGUUUCUGGACUGGUCUGGAGAUAAGGAGGAGACCGCUGCAAUGGUGGUGGAGGAGGCACAGACUGCCACGCCAGUGUGGCCCCAGCAGAGUCCCCUGCCCCAGCAGCCCCAGCAGCAGUUAGAGUGUGUGUCUCUGUGUGCGUGUGAUGCCAAGGCGCUGGUGGCAGGGCAGGGGGUGGCGGUGCCAGGGGACGGGGCGGUCCCUACAGUCCUGGGGGGGGUGGAUGUUCAGAGGGGGCAUGGUAUCGUACCCCUGGAGGACGGGCGGCAGGUGGAGCUGAGCACUGUUGCCGUGGAUACCUGGCACAUUCAGGAGUUUGAGGACAGCGAGGCCCAGCUGGAGAGCCCAGGCCAGCUACAUGAAGGAGACACAUACCUGGUCCGCUGGACCUAUACUCUCAGCCCAGCGGAUCAAAGCGGGGAGCCUGGGAGGGAGUGCUCUGCUGUCUUCAUCUGGCAGGGCCGGCACUCCAGUAUCAAUGGGCGAGGCGCGUCUGCCCUCAGGAGUCAUGAGGGAACACAGGUGAUGGUGCCUCAGGGGCAGGAGCCUCCAUGUUUUCUUCAGCUUUUCCAGGGAGGUCUGGUCAUCCACAAAGGCUGCCGAGCGGACACCACCAACAACACAGGAGUCUGGCGUCUGUUCUGUGUGCGUGGGGAGCUGCCUGAGGAGGCCAGUCUGUUGGAGGUGGACUGCCGCUGUGGCAGCCUGCGCUCCCGAGGUUCUCUCAUACUGCUCAACAGUCAACAGGGGGCGCUCUACCUGUGGCAUGGCUGUAAGGUCCACGCCAGCUCCCGGGAGGCAGGCAAGAGGGCUGUGGAGCGACUCACUCAGAUGUGCCCUCCUGAACUGGGCCUCAGCAGUGAAAGCCCUUUGAGGGUGCAGGAAGUGGAGGAAGGGGCGGAGCCUGUGGAGUUUGGGAACGCUAUUGGGCAGCAGGACAGGAAGGCCUAUGACUGCAUGCGACAAGAUCCAGGGAAGUAUAACUUCACGCCACGCCUCUUCCAUCUGAGCACCCAUUCCGGAACCUUCCAGGGGGAGGAGCUGCAGAGCCCUGCCCGGUUGCCAGGGGUUGUCAUGGCGAUGCCCUUUGUCCAGGAGAGCCUGUACUUUGUGCCACAGCCAGCCCUGUUCCUUCUGGAUAACUGUAUGGAGCUGUAUCUGUGGCAGGCAGGUGAGCCUGAGGACAGUGAGACCGCUGGCUCAGCCUGUAUCCGCUGGGCUAACGAGAGGAGGUGUGCCAUGCAGACAGUGCUCCAGUACUGCAAAGAGAGGAACCCAAGGCGCCCCCUUCAGGCCUACCUCAUCCAGGACGGAGCAGAACCCCUCACCUUCACCAACGUUUUCCCUCGCUGGGAGAAGAGACCCACACCCACCACGCAGGGGGAGGCCGGGCGGGUCAAGCUGACCUUGGUGCAGGACGCCCUGGCCCAGCUCAGUAAGACCCAGUACCCCCUAGAGGAGCUGCUGCAGACCCCUCUGCCAGAGGGAGUGGACCCCCAGCGCCUGGAGAUAUACCUCUCCGACCACGACUUCCAGACUAUUUUGGAGAUGAAGAGAGAUGAGUAUGACUUCCUCCCAAACUGGAAACAAAUCAGCCUGAAAAAAAGCAAAGGACUAUUGAAAACCUGAACAAACACAAAAAUGUCAACAUAUCCUGAGAUAUUUUUUGUUGUUGUAUUUUCAAUUUUCAAGAUAAUUAUAUUUUAUUGUCAGGUGAUGACAAUUGCGUACAGUGUUUUCUUAGUAGCUGUUUCUAAGUUGUAUCUGUGUGUCUUCUUUAAGUAUGGUGCUUUAGGGCCUUAUUCGUUCUCAGCCAAUCGCUCUCGCUUGCCGAGAGACAAGACUGCCUAUACCGUCAAACAGAAGGACAGAACUAUCCUUAUCCCCAAUCAAUCAACUGGAUCCAUUUUCUUAUUCCUAGAGCUUACACGAGUGUGUGCUUCUCUUACCGACUAUGGAUUCCCCUCAGAAAUGUCAAACUAAAAAGAUGAAGAAAGAGCGUUACACAUUUUCCUAUGAAACUUUAAUUUACCUGUACAAAUCAAUGGAGGAUAUAAAGAGAAAGU